AGAAUCCUGUUUCAAUUCUGGAUUUCCCCAUUCCGUGAAUGUUCUGUCUGCUAGCAAGGCGGAGUUAUCUUAUCUUAUCUAACCUACGCGCAGUUAGCUAGGCAGCAUUAAGCACACUUACACACAUACUUGAACGAAAACGAACAUGGCAGCCACGAGAAGGUUGCAAAAGGAACUAGCUGAAUUGAAAUCUACAAACCACAAAACAUAUUGUGACAUCAUUGUUGAUACUAAUAAUAUACUUAUUUGGAACUGCCUAUUAAUGCCUGACAAUCCUCCCUAUAAUAAAGGAGCAUUUAAAAUACUGAUAGAGUUCCCAGCUGAAUAUCCUUUCAAGCCACCACGAAUUACGUUCAAAACCAAGAUUUAUCAUCCCAAUGUUGAUGAGAAAGGACAGGUAUGCCUGCCAAUUAUCAGUGCAGAGAAUUGGAAACCAGCUUCAAAAAUGGACCAAGUUAUAGACGCAUUGUUGGCAUUGGUUAAUGAUCCAGAGCCAGAGCACCCUCUAAGAGCUGAUUUAGCAGAAGAAUUUACUAAAGAUAAGAAAAAGUUCUUGAAGAAUGCUGAAGAACAUACUAAGAAAUAUGGAGAAAAGAGACCAAGUGACUAACAAGCACUUUCUAUUGUAUGUGUAUCUUUUUCAGACACUAAUUACAACGCCAUCUUGGAUGUCUCCAUGAGCGUGACUUUCUUCUUUGCUUUCAGUGGACUAUGUUCACAGGAGCAUUGUUUACAAAUACACACGCAUGCACACACUUACAUAAACAUGCUUACAUUCAAAAAUAUAGACAUGUUUACCUCUUUUGACUGUUAUAGUGAUAAUCAAUUUUAAUAAAACUUAAAAUAAAAUCAUAAACUAGUCUUGCAAAUAGAACAUUCAUGCUUUUUCCAAAUUCUGUCUUUAGAAGCUUUUAUUCUGUCUGAGGUUGUGAGGCAGCCCUUCUGUAAAUGUGAAAUAUUCCACAGCUAUAUUUGCAAUAGCUUGAUUCUUUUAUCUAACUUUGGAAAACUCAUGAAACUAAUGAAAUAAAUGCCAGAUUCAGAUUAA